UAAUGCAACCACUAGGCGUCAGUCGCGACGCGUCGGCCGAACGGCGCGGACCGGUAUCCCGCGGUUAACAAACGCUCGCUAGUAACACGUCGCGUGUGUACCUGUGUUUUUUUUAAUUUUAUUAAUAUUUUUUAUCUGUGAUUCUGUGUCAGGAUUUUUUUUCACUAAACAGAACAGUACCUAAGCAACAUUCCGGAGGCAUAACUCUUGGGAGUAUCAAAAAAGAUUGGCUGUGAAUCAACUAAGUUAAGACUAUUUCGUAUGCGACCAGCAAGCUAGCUGAUAAGAAUCCAAAGGGUUCCGUACCCCAAACCAAAGAUGAGACGGGUGACGUGGUGGGUGGCGCUUUUUGCGCUGUUCGCCGCCGCUAUCGCAGAAACCACUGAAGAACUAGUAAGAGGAGAAUCAGUGGAAAGCGCAAGCACAUCAACAGGCAGCUCCCAAGAAGAGACUGAGGAACCCAAAGCCUUCAUGAGGACACCAGCCGUUGGUGGCGUAGCAGUCAGGAGUGGGGAAGAUGCUCUUCUCACCUGCGUGGUUUUAGGAGCUAAGGGACGACCAGUCCUUUGGAGGCGGGCGAAGGACCUGCAACUCCUGACUGCUGGAGGCGUGAGGGUCACCAGAGAUGAUAGAGUUGAUGUUUUACAUGAUGAUACCGACGAGCCUCUGCCGGGACCAGGUAUCGCGAAAGGAGGUGACGUAUGGGCGCUGGUCAUCAAGUCGGUGAAGGCUUCAGAUGCUGGCCUGUACAUGUGUGAGCUGAACACAGAACCUCCUGUCAGGAGCUUCCAUAAACUUACAGUUAUCUCCCGAGGCCUAACACCACCAGAAAAUCAGAACGUAACAGACAGCUACUCAGCAAACAUUCCUACACUCUCAUCCCUCGCGCUGUCCCACAACUAUACGGACUGCUGCAUUGCUGCCAAUGUGACGAAGACCUGCCUCGGCUUCUGCAGCAUACAGACCAUACUGGAGGGUACUGGCCAAGACCCGGAGACUUGUCAGCCUGACUUCCCUGCUAUUGUCAAAUGCAUGGCAGACGGACGCAACCACGUCCCCUGCUGCGUGCAGGAGCGAGUACCAGACAUCUGCCAGGAUGUCUGCCGAGGAGAGUUCACGCCGGUGACGGAUAACAUCAAGACCCACUACUCCUGCGCUUCUUAUAUGGAGAAGACGCUGGCUUGUAUUGUUGAGGGAAUUGAACUCCUCCCAAGUCCCCCAGAAGACGUGGAAGUGGAGCCACUAAACGAGAAGCAACUAAACGUAUCAUGGAGUCCACCAGUAGAAAACACAGACUCAGUCAUAGAGUAUGUGGUCAACGUGACCACACUGCGCUCAUUCGAUGCCCACCUCAUCGAUCCCUCAGAGAGCUCCAUUAAAAACAAUGGAACUAUGAAGAGUGUUCUGCCUAUGACUUACAAAGUGCCUCCGAAUAAGACUUACUUUGUUCUGAACGAUUUGCUGCCUUUUACCAUGUAUGAGAUUACUGUUACUUCGUAUAAUAUUCAUGGAUCAAGCUUGCCGAGUUAUGCAAUCAGGUCCCUAACCCUGACUCCUGGGAAGAUGAAGUCAACAGAAGUGGCAGCGGCGCCCAAACUACCCGACGUGCGCGGUUGCUGCGUCUCAGCCGGGGUCAACCACUAUGGUUGUGUUGAUAAGCUCUGUGACCCCACCAAGACCUUCGAGAUUGCACUGCAGGUGACAGAUCUGAUGAUCUGCGCGCCGUGGGCCGGCGUGACCUUCGGCUGCCUCGCCAACGGCAUGGACCAUACUCCGUGCUGCAGGUCCAAGGGGCUCCCGGAGUCGUGUUUGCCGCUUUGCAGUGGCAAUAUUACUACGCUGGAUUUCAAUCAUUUCAAGUGCCUCCGCUACAUGAACUCUUACACCAACUGUCUCCUUCGCGGCUACGGGGUACUUCCAGGAGCUCCCUCCCGGCUGUACCUCACGAACAUUGACACAGACUACGCGGUGGUCCACUGGUCUCCUCCCACAGUACUGGCUGAUACUGUCCAGUAUUAUAACUUGCAUUACAAGAGUCUGCAGACCGGAGAUGAGUACAGAAUUCUUGAGAAGGUGCAUUCUCCAUACAUCUUAGAAGACCUGGAGUCCAACAUGGACUAUGAAAUUUUCUUAGAAGCAGUCAACGAACAUGGAGUUGGUGACGCCUCACCCAGACUUAUCUUCAGGACACAGAGUCAAGUAAUAGAAGAAGAAGAAGAAGCAUCGAACGCCUACAACGUGACGGCCUGCUGCGAGCGCGUGCAGCUGGCUGGAGUGUGUAUGCCACUAUGUUCAUAUGAUGCCAAGAUGUCAGACCUCAGGAUGUUGGCGCCGCUUUGUGCUCAGGACUUCCAUAAGCUGCUGCGCUGUGGUGCUGGAGGCCGUAACCAUGAGCAGUGUUGCUGGCGUCGCGGCGUGCCGGGCGCGUGCGGCGGCGUGUGCGCGGGCGCCGCGCCACAAGCGCUCAACUCCUGCGUGCCCUACAUCGGGAACAUCGUGCAGUGCUUCGAGGAGGGAACUGGUCUCCUCCCUGGCCCACCACGUGAGCUGCACGCAGUAGUAUCUACUACCAAAGUGUUCCUGGACUGGGCGCCGCCGCAAGAUGGCGCCAACGUCACCUCGUACGUUGUCCACUGGCAGAAGAUUGAUAAUAACUCACAGCCGUACAGUUACAAUACUAUGCAGAGUACUUACAAUAAAAUCAACACCACAGACACAAUGACGCACUUAGAGAACCUAGAAGUGAACAGCACGUACCACGUGUUUGUCGUGGCAGCCAACAGCUUCGGCGAGUCGCUGCCUUCCAGCAUGCUGCUCUUCAACGUCUCUGAUACUGAAGAGAAAGAAGUAGCCGGAAUACCGUCACCACCACACUCGUUGUCUGUCUCCUCUCACUCGGCGACAUGGCUGACCCUCACGUGGCAGCCUCCUCAGUUUUCUCAGCCCGACGAGAAGAUUACAUACACAUUAUUCUUCAAAUCACCAGCUCAACUCAGCCAGACGAACGUGACAAACAUCACAACCACAGUCCCAGGACAUACCCUGGAGAAGUUGUCUCCUAACACGCAGUACGUCAUCUGGGUGAAGGCUCAUGCGGCUGCCGGGGAUUCGCAGCCGUCGGAGACGCUGUUGGCCUGGACUGACCCGGCUUACCCGGCUUAUGUUGAGCCACCAUCAGUGAACCCCGUGAACUUGGUGGUAGAAGGAUCCAGCAUGACAAUCCUUUGCAUCGCUAUGGGAACACCCACGCCUACUAUAUCGCUCUAUAUUUCUGGUCGUCUAGUCCGUCAAGAAGUAACUCGUCACAUGGUGACAGUGAUCCACAACGUGACACGCGACAUGGACCAGAUCUCGUGCUACGCUGACAACGGCUACGGAACUCCCAUGCAGGCUUCCAGGAAGAUCAACAUUUCACACGUACCCACAAUCCAAGCCUCCGGCAUCACAAUGGCAGCAGCAGGAGACGCCGUGAUCCUCGAGUGCAGGGUCGAAGCUCUGCCCAAACCCACCAUUGCCUUCUGGAGAGACCCCAACGGGAGAACUGCUGUUAUUGACGGCCCUAACUAUACUAUACAGCUGUUGGCUGAUCCUGAGGAACAAACAAAAUACACAAUGCGUUUGAUAAUAAAGAAGAUAGCUGAAGCAGACGAGGGCGACUACUUCUGUCACGCCGAGAACGCUUUCGGCAAGACUCUGCGGCCCGUGUCCGUCAGGCUGCGACCUUCCACUCCUCAUCAUAAUGUUACUGAGUGCUGUACACAAAUGAACGUGUCGUCAUCUUGCAUCGACGCGUGCAGCUUCCACUUAGACAUGGACAACAUCAUGGACCGACCCGAGUGUAUGAAUGACUUCGAGAAGCUUAUGAAGUGUGCUGCCGAUGGCUCCGAUCACCGCAGCUGCUGCGCCUCUUGGGGUGUUCCUCGCAACUGCCUGGAGCUGUGCCGCGGCGGCGCGGUGUCGCGCACGUGCGCGCUGCAGCACGCGCGGCGCGCGCUGGCGUGCUUCCGCGACUCCGGCGCGCGCCUGCCCGGCCCGCCCCGCCGGCUUACUGCGCAUCGCGCUCCUACGCCCAACUCUGUGCUGCUCAGCUGGGAAGCGCCCGUCAAGAACCCACAAACAGUGUACCUGUACCGCGUGUUCUGGCGCGCGUAUGGCGCCAAGGUGCCGGAGAAGCUCGACACCAGCGAGACCAGCGUGGUGCUCACUGGCUUGCAAGACGAUGUCAGAUACGAGUGCGUUGUGAAGGCCGCUAAUGAUGUUGGUACCUCAUCCCUCAGCCAGCCGAUAAUGUUCACGACAGCCGGCCAGGAGUCGGGCGCCGCCGCCGCGCCCGUCAGCGGCAGCAGCGCCGCGUCCGCCGUCGGCGUCGCAGUGGCGUGCGUGCUGGUCGCCGCUAUACUGCUGGCUGCUGGCUUUUAUUAUAGAUAUAGGAAGAACCUUAGACUUAAAGCACAAGGAGGUGUAGCAUUUGAAAACCCGAGCUACCUCAGGGAACCAAAUCCUGAUACUGCCGUCAACGGUACAAUACUAAACGGCAGCGCCAACGGCUCAAACGGCACGAAUGGUGUCGCCCCCAUCCCCAACGGCGUGUCCAACUCCGCCGCCUGGAGGCAGGAGACGCUCAACAAUCCUGGCACCACCGUCCCUACAGCUCGGGAGGUAGACCCGACCCUCUACGAGGAGCUGAAGCUGGGUCAGGACGGCGCGGGCUUCAAGCGCCUCAAGCCAUAGCCCGCGCCCCCGCGCCGCUCGCCCCGACACCGCGUCGCGCCGCGCUACUGAACACACGAGUUACAACCAAAUACUCGUUAAAAUGGACUUCUAGUAGUGAAUUCUGGUUAAAAAAAUGUUCUUCC